CAGAAGAUGUCGACUGUGUCUGCUGCCAGCGUGGAGCAUGCUGCUGUGACUGACGGCACUGAGCAGAAGAAGCCACUAAAACCUUGCUGCGCUUGUCCAGAGACCAAGAAAGUCAGGGAUGUUUGCAUCAUUGAAAAAGGAGAGGAGAAGUGCACAGCCCUAAUUGAGGCACACAAAGACUGCAUGAGAGCACUUGGAUUCAAGGUUUAACUACUCCAUUUUGUGUGUGUGGGUGUUGCUGUGCAAGUGGAAGACGACCCUGGACAUUCCCUUCUUUCCCCCUCUUAUUUAUACCACAACUGGAAGGGAAAUGUGGUGAUCAUGCACUUAGGCUCUGAUGGGUUGACUGUCUUUCUGUGAAAGUGUUUUUUAAAGUCCUUCAGAAUUUAUUUGUAAAUAUCUAAAUUGCUGAUUUGAAAUUAAAUAAAAGUCCUAUGCAUUAA